AUGGCUGCCAACACCAUGGCCGCGCGGGGCGCACAGAGUGUGACUGAGUCGGCCACCGACCUCAUCGGAAACACGCCCUUGGUGCGGCUCAACAAGAUUCCACAGUCGCUGGGGAUCAAGGCUCAGGUCUUCGGGAAAUUGGAGCUUAUGAACACGGGUGGCAGCGUCAAGGACAGGAUAGCUCUGCGCAUGAUCGAGGAGGCCGAAAAGGAAGGCAGGAUCAAGCCCGGCGAUACACUGAUUGAGCCCACAAGCGGCAACACCGGUAUCGGCCUGGCCCUCGUCGGCGCCGUCAAGGGCUACAAAACCAUCAUCACGCUUCCCGAGAAGAUGUCGGCCGAAAAGGUUUCGGUUCUCAAGGCUCUCGGUGCCACUAUCAUUCGAACACCCACACAAGCAGCCUGGGACGCUCCCGAAUCGCACAUCGGGGUGGCAAAACGCCUGCUCAAGGAGAUCCCCAACUCGCACAUCCUUGACCAGUACUCGAACCCUAACAACCCGCUUGCACACGAGUACGGAACGGCAGAGGAAAUCUGGGCUCAGACCGGCGGAAAGAUCACCGCCGUGGUUGCAGGCGCUGGCACGGGUGGCACCAUCUCUGGCCUCGCAAGGGGACUGAGGAAACACUCAAAGACGGUCAAGGUCAUCGCCGCGGAUCCCAUCGGCAGUAUUCUUGCCUUGCCCGAAAACUUGAACGAAAAUGGACUCAACGAGCCGUACAAAGUCGAGGGUAUCGGCUACGACUUCAUCCCCGAGGUUCUGGACCGCGAGUUGGUAGACAAGUGGUACAAGACUGAAGACCGCGAGUCAUUCAUGUACGCUCGCCGUUUGAUCGCCGAGGAGGGCUUGCUCGUCGGAGGCUCAUCGGGUUCGGCCAUGGCGGCCAUGGUUCGGGCCGUCAAGGAUCUGAAUCUGGGCGAGGACGACGUUGUGGUUGUCGUUCUCCCGGACAGCAUCCGCAGCUACCUCUCCAAGUUUGCUGACGAUGACUGGCUGGCCGCGAACGACCUCCUGCCUCCCACUCCCGACAGCAGCGUGGAUGGUGACACGCUCGACAGCCCUGCAGUUGCCGAAGCCCAGGCUAUGCACAAGUCCCGGACGCGAAGGGCCAGCAACCCCUACGGUGGAGCGACGGUUCGGUCACUGCGCCUCAAGCCCGUGACGUCGGUGCUUGCAGACAGCAAGUGCUCCGAGGCUAUUGAGACGAUGCGCGACAAGGGCUUUGACCAGCUGCCUGUGGUGCGCGACAACAAGCUCGUCGGACUGGUCACGCUCGGAAACAUGCUAAGCUACGUUUCUCGCGGCCGCGUCAAGACCAACAGUCCCGUCAGCGAUGUCAUGUUCGACUUUGGCCGGCUUGACGAGGUUAUCACGGAUCCUCGCGAUGUUGAAGGCGCGGCCAUGAACUCGUCCGCGCACGGCCGCAAGAAGCGCAACUUUGUCGAGAUCACCAUGAACACCCCCCUCGACGUGCUCAGCAAGUUCCUCGAAUGGAACAGCGCUGCCAUCGUCACCGAGAAGAGCGGCGAAGUGUCCAAGCCCGUGGCUGUUGUCACAAAGGUCGACCUCCUGACCUGGAUGAUGAAGGAGCUGAAGGCUUAG